AACCAACUCGUUGUCCACUGUCAAGCCCAUCGAAGUCAUGGAUCCAGACCACGGAGUAAUUACCACGUUAUCCAUGCCCAACUUGGCCAGGAGUGAUCCAAGAACUACGUCAAAGAUGAGGUCACGAGUACAUGAUGUGGGUAUGAAAAAGCUCCUAGUCCACGUUGGGGAAAUCCCGCGGGUAUAUCGACGAGUCACGAAAUAUAUUCACUUGCUACCUCAGACCGUACGUUCGAGGAAUCGUGGCUCCGAGCUUGACGGAGAAAAGAUGAGGACAGCGGCUUUGAUUCUUGACGACUUCACAGCUUCAACUCCAGUGCUCCACCACCAUGACAAGCGAUACGGACUACAAGUUCGAAGGCUGGGUGGCCCACGAUGCCUCCUCCGUCGACGGAAACAUGAAGUGGCAAACCUACACCCCGAAGCCCUUCACCGCCUCGGACAUCGACAUCAAAAUCACCCACUGCGGCGUCUGCGGCACGGACCUCAGCAGCCUCCGCUCCGGCUGGAAACCCGCCGACUACCCCAUCGUAGUCGGGCACGAGAUCGUCGGCCACGUCGUGCGCGUAGGGUCCAACGUGACGGACUUCCAGCCGGGCGACCGCGUCGGCGUCGGCGCCCAGUGCAAGAGCUGCCUGCAGCCGGGCUGCCGGCCGUGCAACAACGACAUGGAGCAGCACUGCCCCGACGAGUUCACCACCACCUACGACGCGCGGUACAAGGAGGACGGGAGCAAGGCCUACGGCGGCUACGCGCGCUACUGGCGCGGUCCCGCUAGCUUCGUCUUCAAGAUCCCCGGCGCCAUUCCCUCCGAGAUCGCCGCGCCGCUGCUCUGCGGGGGGUUGACCGUCUACGCGCCCCUAACGGACAACGGGGCCGGGCCGGGGAAGCGCGUCGGCAUCGCUGGGUUCGGCGGGCUGGGCCAUCUGGGGGUUCUCUUCGCGAAGGCGCUGGGGUGCGAGAAGGUUGUUGCCAUCUCGCGGUCGGCGAGCAAGAGGGAGGAUGCGCUUAGGAUGGGGGCGGACGAGUACAUCGCCACGGCGGAUGACGAGCAGUGGCAUACCAAGCACGCGAGGUCGCUCGACUUGAUCAUCUCGACCAUCUCUGGCGCCGAUUUCCCGCUCGACAAGUACCUCUCCCUCCUGGAUGUCAAGGGCAACUUGAUCCAAGUCGGCGCGCCGGAAGAUCCGAUGCCCUCGUUCAGCGCCUUCUCCUUGCUUGUGGGGGACCGGAAGGUCGGUGGUAGCACGAUCGGGUCUCGCAAGCAAGCGCGGGAGAUGUUGGAGCUGGCUGCCAAAACGAAUCUGCGGGCUUGGGUUCAAGUGAGACCGAUGAGCGAAGCCAACCAGGUCGUGGUGGAUAUGGAUAAGGGAAAUGCGAGGUAUCGUUAUGUGUUGCAGAAUGAGUGAUGGGUCAGUUGGAGAAGGCCAACGCGGCCCGCGUUACACGGGGUGGUAGCCUGUGGACGAGAGAGAAUAUGAUGAGUACAUCCUUACUGUACAGUUGCCAGGCGAAACGUUUCUACCCGGUCAAAAGUAUCUGUAAUGAUGCAAGGCAGCCCGCAGCCUGCAGGCACGACAACUGUACGGUGUACCUUCCUAAAAUGCUUAUGACAAACGACGAAAGCGACGCACCUCGCAGGCUUG